AUAAGUCUAUGGAAUAUUUAUUUUUUUGUUAUUUUUGUUUUCUCAUCCACACUGACUGUUUGUUCUUUUACGUUCUACAGAGUGAAGACACAGAACAACAAAUCAUCAGAGAAACAUUUCAUCUGGUAUCUAAAAGGGAUGAGAACGUCUGCAAUUUCCUAGAAGGUGGAAUGUUGAUCGGUGGGUCAGAGAACAAGCUCAUCUACAGACACUAUGCUACGCUCUACUUCGUAUUCUGCGUCGAUUCCUCGGAGAGUGAGCUUGGCAUCCUUGACCUUAUCCAGGUGUUUGUGGAAACUCUGGACAAAUGCUUUGAGAAUGUUUGUGAACUUGACUUAAUUUUCCACGUGGACAAGGUAGAGAAUUAUUUUAUCAACUAUAUCCUAUUAUUUCAUCCAUCCUUUUUAUAUUCACUAUACCAAGGAUGUAAGUCAACCUUGCCCCAAACAGCAGCAUUAAAUGCUCACAAUGAAUGUCUGACUUCCCAUAGAAACUCACUGUUAUAGUGUCAUUUGUUUUAC